UGUUACCAAACAAAAGGAUGGGCGCGUCGUGUAGCCGUCGGCUCGGCGCUCUACUGCACAUCGGAGGUCGUGGCCGUAUCUCCCCUCCUCCGCCCACCGCAACCGACCAAGAAAUCUCCACUGGUCGGACCAACAAUACCAACCGCACAGCAAGGAGUGCCAUAGCGUCGCCCUCCGCACUGCAACGCCCUCUGCUGGACGAAUAUGAGCUCCAGCACAUUGUGGGGAGGGGCCAAACGGCCGUGGUGUGGCGUGCCCGGCAUUAUGAGUCGGGGGAGGAGAGGGCUGUCAAGCAGAUACCCAAGAAGAAAGGCACCAGCGAGAAGCUGACGGCUUACUGGGAGCGGGAGGUCGCCGCUCUGGAGCGGUUCUCAGGCGUGGACCACGAGAAUGUGAUCUCGAUGCAUGAGAAGUUUGAGGACAGUGACUUCUAUUACAUUGUAAGGGAGCGGCGAGGGGCCCUUUGGCUUAUGGGUUUAUGUGUUUAUCUUCCGUUUUGCAGGUGUUGGAUCUGUGUCUCGGUGGUGAGCUAUACUACCCGGUCCGGCAGCAGCAGUUCAGCGAGAGGAGAGCGGCAAAGAUUAUGUUCCAAGUGUUUCAGGCGAGAAGUGCCACGAGCAUGACAUCAUACACAACGGUGGGCCGAAUACGAGACGCAGACCUUUGGCCCUCUCAGAUACAGCCCUGCGAGGGUGGUUCUACAGACAUCAAAGCCGAGAACUUCCUCUUCGAGACUCCUUUGCCCGAAUCACCCGUCAAGCUGAUGUAAGCGCCCUCAUUCCAUUCCUCUCUCCCGUGUGCACAUUCCUGUCCUGUCUCAUAUGCAGCGACUUCGGCUUGUCCGUCAUCGACACAUCCCCUUCCCGCGCGGCUGUCAAGCAAGAGGGCGGCUCCUCCCGAGCCCCCACCCCUUCUCUGCCCACGGCAGCCAACACAUCGGUGGUGCCGCAGCCUGACGAAUCUCGCUCACAGACGCCAGCAGACAUGCGCCAUCCCCCAGCGUAUGCCUGCAGACUGCAUCAAGCCGGCGAGGAGAUACCAAUGGGCGACAAUGCGCAUUAUAUCGCGCCUGAGGUGUUGAAGGGCAUCGUCCGGAAGGAAUCGGAUAUCUGGAGUGCCGGGGUGAGUUGGUUGCUGGGUGGAAAAAGCGCGUGGUUCAUCUAAUUCCCGUGUGGAAAGAGCAGGUGUUGAUGUGGUUCUUGCUGAGUGGAAGCUACCCGUUUGAUGGCCCUUCCGCCUCGUCUAUACGUGAGGCCAUCGCCAAAGGUACAGGAGCCCGCAAUGCAGCUCCUGCGGAUGCCGUCUGUAUGUCUCGCGUGUGUGUCUCUCGUACGUGCCUGCCAGAGAAGUACGCCUUUGGCAGUGAAUGGAAGGACGUCAGCGACACGGUGAGACACACAGCAGAAGAUGCGCAAGGCCUGAGUUGACUUGGCCUCGUCUCUGUCACUCCACAGGCGAAAGACUUCAUCCGAGCGUUGCUGGAGGUGGGUGCUGGCCAUCAUUUCACCCCCUGUGCAUUCUGUAUGUGUCUCGUGCUGCACUGCCCUUGUCCAUCCAGCCUUGGUACGAGUGGCGUCCCUCCGCUAGCGACGCACUGCAGCACAAGUAACCAGAAUGUACCAACCAGAACAUGCACACGUGUCUCUCCCUUCGGUUGCAUUGCAGGUGGUUCAUCCAGUGGCACUGCGUCAAGCAGCCCAUCAUGUCCGAUGGCCCCUCACCCAGCGCCACACCAAACACGUCGAGACGGCCCCUCUUCGGCAUCAUCGCCAGGGCCCAUCGAUGCGUGUGCCGUCCGACAAGAGAAAGAGGCAGCAGCGGUCUGCCCUGGGGGACGGCACACAGCAGGGUGAGGGCGGCCGGGAGAGCGCCCGAGGUUCAGCCAAGAGCAUCCAGACGCUGAGGCCCAGCCAGAUAACGUCGCUGUAUGUUGGGAAGAUGACCGCUUCCAUGGCCAACAGCAUCGUCGGCAGACACAUGCCCGUGCCGGCCGCCGAGAGCAGCACGAGUCCGAGUGGUACGUCUGAGGACUUGCGUGUGUUCUUCGACUCGUCGCUGCCGCACCUGUCGUCCCCGCCCAUUUCCACUCCCGUCUGCGGCAGCCACAGACCAUCAGUCGUGGACGACAAAAGGGGGGCCUGGCCUGACAUUUGACCAUGGCAUGCCUGCCUGCUCACGUGUAUAGUGCUGGUGCAGCGUGGGUGACGAGCCUGUGUGGACGUGUGUG